UCGACGUUCUUCCAACAAUGAACAUUGAACAACACGUUCGUUGGUAGUUUUCACGAAGUCAUAGUCAGCUGAUAGGUAAAGCGCAUGCGUGAUAAGAAAGGGAAUAGAAAAUUCCAGUUACUCCCCGUCGAUUAAAGUACGAAUGUACAUUUGUUGAUCAAUUAUUAAAUGAUCGAUGGUCGUACAUUAUAUUUAGUUCACGCACAUUCUCUUAUCUAGCUUCAUUAAAGCAGCCUUCUAUACCAGUGUGUAUAAAGGUUGCUUCCGAAACAGGGAAAAUUAAAAGCACUCUCGCGAAUUUUAAAAUAAUAGCUUUUAAUAAAUAAUUAAUAAUGAAGCUACUUUAUGUUCUUCUUAUCGUUUUCGUUUACAUCAAUGGAUCACUAGGAAAUGACAGUCCAACAAGAUCAUGUAUAGUAGGUAAUAUAGCUGCUGAUGAAAAUGCGACAAAACAUUGGUUGGAUAUGGAUAAAAAUUGUAUUAAAAGUUUGGAAUCUCAGGUGAAUGUUGAAAUUAAAGCUGCAAUGACUUAUCUUGCAAUGGGUGCUCAUUUUGCUCUUGAUGUAAUUAAUCGACCUGGAUUCAGCAAAUUCUUUUUUGAAUCUGCUACAGAAGAAAGAGAACAUGCAAUAAAAGUUCUUGAAUAUUUAUUAAUGCGUGGUCAAUUAACUAAUAUUAAUGAGGAUAAUGUUCUUUUAAGAUUUCCUUUGGAAGCAGAGAUUGAGAAUUGGAAUAGUGGUUAUAAAGCUUUGAAAAAAGCUCUUAAAUUAGAAACAAGUGUUACAAAAAAAAUUCGUGACUUAAUUAAAACAUGUGAACAUCCAAAUGACUUAAAUUUAGUUGAUUAUCAUUUGGUAGAUUAUCUCACUGGAGAAUUUUUAACUGAACAAUAUAAAGGACAGCGUGAUCUUGCUGGUAAAAUUUCAUCUUUAGGUAAAAUGAUACAAACACAUGGAAUGUUAGGAGAGUUUCUAUUUGAUAAAAAACUUUUAAACAAUGAAAUUUAAUUUGUAUUUGAAGCAAAAAAAAAUUUACUUCAAUAAGUGAAAUUAUGACCAUAUUUAAAAUAAAGUAUAUAACUUCGUUUGAUUUAAUUUUAAGUUAGUAUGUGACAUAUAAAUUUUUUUCUGCAUAAAAUAUUUUUCUAAAUAUGGUCUGUAAAAUAGAUAUAUAAAGAACUCUGUUUAUAAAUGUUUGUUAAACUAUAAUAAUUAUAUUACUCUUACAAAAUAAAUAAAUAUUUUAAGAUUCAUACAAA